AUGCUGAUGAGGAGCAGUCGACGUUGCUUACUCGACAUCAGCGUCGACCGGUCAGCUACUGGUAAUUUGGCCAUCACGGUCAUGCGAAAACGCUGGCCACUUGUAGUUACUCUAUGUUCCAUUCCUGUACUUAUUGUAAUUUUCUUCAAAACUCAUGAAAUUAACAGUAUCAUUCGAGAGGAAGAACGCUCUGAAGCUAAUAUAGACUGUUCAAUGAUGCUGCAAGCAAUCGAUCCGCCUUUGCCAGCGCUUCUGAUCGACACGCAUGUCUUGCAAAGUCUUGAACAAGACAGGUGUCAAUACAUAAAACAAAGGAUACGACUGGCAAUAGACGUGGAACUACCAAAAUCACUUCGCAAAGAUGGUAUUAACGAAUACGACAUUAUACAGUAUGAGACGCCUCCGGACACGAACUACCUCAGAUUUCACGAUAUUGUCGUCAGAAUCAUACCACAAAUUCAAUUCGACGUCGUCGGAAACCUAUCUAUUCCAAAUGAAAUCAACAGAUUUUUUGAAAUUUGGAAGAGGUCCAAAUUUGUCGAAUGUCUUGCACUGGAUAUGAACAGGACAUCAGAAGAACCUUAUCUACCAAAGGACAAAACUAUCCAGACAAUGUCAUCUUUUACUCAAUAUUUGAUGUCUUUCGACGUAUACCCUUUUUUGAACGGAGGCACGUUAUUAGGUAGGUGA